AUGCUUAAGAAGAAGAGAGUAAGUCGGCGUGGGAAGGAGGGCAAUGCGGCCAAGUACACGACGCGCAAUCAGGCGCUCGUGCGCCUGCAGCUCAAGCUAGCCGACUUCAGGCGGCUGUGCAUCCUGAAGGGCAUUCACCCGCGCGAGCCGAAGAAGAAGACCAAGGGCGCGCACAAGACGUACUACCAUGUCAAGGAUAUCAACUUCCUCGCGCACGAGCCGCUCCUCGAGCUGCAGAGGGAGCUACGCGCGCAGAGGAAGAAGAUCCGCAAGGCCAAGGGGCGGCUGGAGACAGAGAAGGUGGAGCGGCUGGAGCGUAGCAUGCCCCGCGUGUCGCUGGACCACCUCGUGAAAGAGAGGUACCCAUCGUUCAUCGACGCAAUCAGGGAUCUGGACGACGCCUUGACCAUGCUGCACCUCUUCGCCACGCUGCCCGCCGAUGCCACCUUCCGCAUCCCCGCCACUCGUGUUAACAACGCCCGCAGUCUGUCUCUGGAGUGGCAAGCAUACAUAGCACGCACUCACUCCCUGCGCAAGGAGUUUGUGUCGGUCAAGGGCAUCUACUACCAGGCGCACGUGGUGGGACAGCCGCAUGCGUACAUAACACGCACACACGCGCUGCCCAAGGAGUUUGUGUCUGUCAAGGGCAUCUACUACCAGGCGCACGUGGUGGAGGGCAGCUCACUACUUUCCUUAGAGUGGCAGGCGUACAUCACGCGCACACACGCCCUGCGCAAGGUGUUUGUGUCUGUCAAGGGCAUCUACUACCAGGCGCACGGUGGGGCAGCCGGUGACGUGGCUGGUGCCACAUCAGCUCAUGCAGUUGGGGGAGUGGGUGGGGUGGGGUGGCUGUGCUUGGGGGAAGUUAGGGGUGAGGGCAGGGGAGCAUCAGCUAAUGCACUGCAGGGCAUACCCACCGACGUGGACUUCCGAGUGAUGCUCACCUUCCUCGCAUUCUACGAGACCCUAAUGGGCUUCGUGAAUUUCAAGCUGUACCACGAGCUGCGACUGGCAUACCCUCCGCGCCUCGACCCGCGCCUCGAGAAGGCUGCAGCAGGUGCACUUGCUUCCCUUGCUCCCUCUCUGCUUCCCGUGCUCCCUCUCUGGUUCCCGUGCUCCCUCUCUGCUUCCCGUGCUCCCUCUCUGUUUCCCUUGCUCCCUCUCUGCUUCCCAUGCUCCCUCUCUGCUUCCCUUGCUCCCUCUCUGCUUCCUUCCUCCCACUCUGGUUCCUUCCUUCACACUUUCCUCACGGAUUUAACAACCUCCAAGAAUGACCUGUAUGCGGUGAUGCGCAAGCUAGCAGAGGCGGCAGCAGCAGCGAGGCACAAGCGAGAAAGAAAGGCUUUCAAGGCAGCUGCUGCUGCUUCGGCCGCUCUUCUCGGUGCUGCUCCUGCUGAUGCUGAUGCUGCUGCUGAUGCUGGUGAUGAUGAUGCUGCUGCGUUGGAAGGGAGCGCUGAGAAGAGCACAGAUGAGGGAGGAGAGGAGGGGAAGGCAGAGGGAGAGGCAGACGGUGCUGCUGCAGCAGCAGCAGCAGCGGAUCCAGCAGCAGGAGAAGGAGAGGGCGCCGCCGCCGCAGCAGCAGCAGGACCCCCAGUGGAUCCCGAAAAAGAAGCAUCGGAGAAGCUUCCGUUGCUGGGCAAGCAAGCAACAGCGUCGCGAAUGGCAUCCCUGCAGAGCCGACUAGCAGCCAUGACAGCAGCAGCAGAGGCGAACCCCAAUGAGGAGGAAGAGAAAGCAGAGGGUGGCGCGGGGAGAAAAGGCGCGGGCGGAGCAGAAGCAGAGGAGGAGGAGGAGGAAGGGGAUGAGGAUGAUGAGGAGACGAGGGCGUGUCGGCGGUUGUUCAAAGGGCUUGUGUUCUUUCUCGGCCGGGAGGUGCCCAGGGAGCCGCUGCUGUUUGUGAUCCGCGCGUUUGGAGGCAAGGCAAGCUGGGAGGGCGAGGGGGCACCAGCUCCUGAGACUGACGAAGCCAUCACUCACCAGGUGGGCCGCUCUUUUGAGGUGGUGGACCGGCCGCAGCAGAAGCACCGCAAUCUCUCACGGGACUACGUGCAGCCACAGUGGGUGGUGGACCGGCCGCAGCAGAAGCACCGCAAUCUCUCACGGGACUACGUGCAGCCCCAGUGGGUGUUUGACUGUGCCAAUGCCCGCAUCCUCCUACCCUCCGCGCCCUACGCCCCCGGCCUCGUCCCACCGCCGCACCUCUCCCCAUUCGUGAACCACGAGGAGGAGGGCUACCUGCCCGACUAUGCCGCGGCGAUCCAACGGCUGAAAGAGGCCUCAGCAGCGCGAGAUGCUGCACAGCACAAGGGGGCGGCAGGGGGCAUGCUGGGCAUGGGGGGAGGGGGGGCGCCGAUGGAACUGGAGGGGGCGCAUGAAGUGAGGAUGAGUGGUGAGGGGAGUGUGGCGGUGGGGGGAGGGGAGGACGAGGUGAAGGCUGAGGAGGCUGCACUGGCUGCUAAGAUCGCAGAGGUUGCGGCAGAAGAGAAGGCCUACGCUGCUGAUCUGGCCAAGGAGCUUUCAGGCGUCCCGUUCUCGUCCUCCCUGGUCCAAGGCAAGGGUAGCAAGGAUGGGGAGGAGGGCGAUGAGGGUGAGAACACAGCGGAAGGACAGGAAGAGGGCGAAGGAGACGAGACAGACGAGGAGGAGGACGACGAGGAGGAAGGGGAGGGUGAGGAGGAGGAGAGGCAAGGAGGAGCAGCGGCAGCAGUGCCAGCUGUGGAGGAGGAGAAUGAGGAGGAUGGGGGCAAGGCGGCUGCACGCAUGUUGAUGAGUCGCAAGAGGAGGGGGUUGUAUGAUGCCAUGCAGAUGGGGCGAGCCAAGAAGGCCGCCGGUGUUGCUCUCCUCCACGAGCGUCGCCUCAAAGCCGCCGCUGCUGCUACUAGUGCUGGUGGUGGUGGUGGGGCGAAGGGUGCUGGUGCUGGUGGUGCAAAGGGUGCUGGUGAGGGUGGUAAGAAGGGUGGGCAACAGGGGAAGAAAGCGAAGCAGGAGAAGAAGGGGUGGCGAUAA